AACUGACAAAACACAUUUUCAAAGCACCAACCACAUAGAAACCGGGUAUGGGUCGUCAUCGGACCCCCAAAGAGGUGGGGAUGCAUGCAUAUAUAACAACACAUCCGACAGGUUGGAAUCUCAUAUUCUCAUCCAAUAAAAUAACCACUUCCUAAACGGGCGGCGACACUUGUACCAACUCCGACAAUCUCAACUGAAGCUAGCGACAACAGUAAUGGCGUCGAACCCACAACGGUCUGAUGACGGAAGCACCGACGACUACGGUUCAGAACUAAACACAAGUUCAACCGUUGAGCUUGCUGCAAUCUCCGAGCUAACAAGGGGGGCAGCAGGGGAGCUGACGGUGAUCCGAACAUUACAGCGUUUAAUCGGGCCUGUUUUUGUACCACUUUUUAGGCCUUUGAUUUGUCAACUUGUGAGAGAUGAACUGGCAAAACAGAAGGCUUUGAUUAGCAUGAAAGAGAACCCUGAAAACAAGGCUAGUACUUCCGUUCCGAAAAGGUUUAAGCUACAGUUCAGAAACAAGAUUGCCCUGCCGGUCUACACUGGAAGGCCUCUUUCAGGAGUCAAUGAUACACACAUUGAAAUAGCCGUGAUUGAUGCACUUAGUGGCCAGAUAGUGAAUACCGGGGCUGAAUCCUCUGCGAAGCUGGAAAUAUUUGGUUUUCGAGUCGGUGAUGAUUGUGAUGGUAGGUGGACAUAUGCAGAGUUCCAAGAAAAGAUUCUGAGUGAAAGGAAAGGGAAACGGACCCUACAAGGAAAGACUUGUUUGCAGCUAAAAGAAGGCGUCGCUUUUGUUGAUAAAAAGAUUUCUAUUACUCAUAAUUCGGAACAUACCAGAAAUGGUUUGUACAGACUGGUGGCGACAGUUGUGGAUGCUGCUUUGAUGGAUGGCGUGGAAGUAGCAUGGACAGAAACAUUUCUUGUGAAGGACAACCGUAUUACCUGCAAGUAUUCUAAUAUUAUACACAAUAAACUUUUACGGUCCGUCAAUGUAAAGCCACUGACCUAUUGUUUUUGUGCAGAUCAUGAAAAACACACGCGCCCAUCUUUAUCAGAUGAGGUGUAUCGUUUACACGAGAUCCGCCAUAAUGGUCCUCGCUAUCAACGUCUGAAAGAGGCAGAAGUGUACACUGUGAAGGAUUUGUUGAAACUAGUCUACACAGAUCCAAAACGGCUUGAAAAGAUUCUUAAGCUAAAAGCUUCUUCUAACUCUUGGAAUAAAAUUGUAAAAAAUGCCCAGGCGUCCAAUGGAACGUUUUUGUACCUCGAUCCCAGAAACGAACAAAAAAGUGGAGUUGUUCUUGAUGUCAACCUACAGUUGAAGGCGUUGAUCGUAGAGCCUCGUCUGUAUAUAGCAGCUAACCGGCUAUCUGAACAGCAAAAGGUUGAAACUCAAGAUCUAGUGAAGUUCGCAUCUGAACACUUUGAUCUGCUCAGACCUUUUGACCAUGAGACUUCUCUUGAAGAACAUCUUCAGUCAGGCACCUCGUUGCCACCUGUCAGGAUAACAGAUGGACCACCAAGACCCUCUUCACUUGUCAUUAAUACUUCACACAGUUUGAAUAAUUCGAACGGCAAACCAUUUGUAACCACUCAAUCAGAACGGGGGAAAGAGAAGGUACCUUUUGAUGAUGAGACGAUCCCUUCCACAAAUGAUUACCAAGAACACGUGUCAUUUCAUCCACAAAAUUUAAAAAGUCCAAGUGUGCUUAACUCUGGGACUGCUACAGAGCCAGGCGCCUCUUCUCAUGUUGUCGAGUCUCUCCUUCAUACUAUAUUCGACAUCAGCAGUCCAGUUUUUGAAGGUUUGCAGUUCGAUUCCAUUCUGAAUGAAAUGUGUGGCAUCCUGAAUGAGCGCUCCAACGAGUGCCAAUGCAAUCCAGCAAUUGUUUCUUUGUGUCACAUUGCUCGGGAAAGAUGGACAAAAGUGUCGAAAUUGCUAAGGCGGAACUCUGUGAGAGAAAGGAUCAGUCUUUCACAAGGGAUUCAACCCCUUAAAAAGCAGAGGUGUUGUUAACUACAUCUUAGGAUUACACGACUCACAUACCUUUGUAAAUAUGGCCAGUGGCGAAACUAGCCCAUUAAAUCUGGGGCAUCCCAAAAAAAAAAAUUUCCGUGCAAUCAUACAAUAUUAAAAAAACGACA